UUAGUUUCUUCUUGCCGGGGUUUUUCUGCAAAACCCUAAACCCUGCAGUCUAUACUUAUGGCUCGGAGUGCAAAAUCCGCUGCGACGUGCCUGCUCUACACCCUCUGCUCCGGCAUCCAAACGACACUAUUCACUCCGAAAUGCCCACCGAAAACCCUAAUUGCAACUUUAUUGGCCGGGAACUUCCACCUCCGCUACUUCUCUGCCGGCAGCUCCGCCGCGAGACUGAGGGAAGAGAAAGAGGCUAUGUGGAAGGAGUCGAUGGAGAAGGUCCGAAAUAUCGGGAUUUCGGCGCACAUUGAUUCGGGCAAGACCACCUUAACUGAGCGGGUUUUGUACUAUACGGGUAGGAUCCAUGAGAUUCAUGAGGUAAGAGGGAAAGAUGGAGUCGGUGCGAAAAUGGAUUCUAUGGAUUUAGAGAGAGAGAAAGGGAUUACUAUACAGUCUGCUGCCACUUACUGUACUUGGAAAGAUUAUCAGGUCAACAUAAUUGAUACUCCAGGACAUGUAGAUUUUACCAUUGAAGUAGAGAGGGCUUUGCGUGUUCUGGAUGGUGCAAUUCUUGUUCUUUGUAGUGUCGGUGGCGUACAAAGUCAGUCGAUUACUGUUGAUAGACAAAUGAGAAGAUAUGAGGUUCCAAGACUUGCUUUUAUUAACAAAUUAGAUCGAAUGGGUGCAGAUCCAUGGAAAGUUCUCGAUCAGGCUAGAGCCAAGCUUCGACACCAUAGCGCUGCUGUACAAGUUCCAAUUGGCUUGGAAGAUGACUUUCAGGGUCUUGUCGAUCUUGUGAAUUUAAAAGCUUAUUACUUUCACGGUUCCAAUGGUGAGAAAGUGGUCACUGAAGAUGUCCCCAGUAACAUUGAAGCGCUAGCUAUGGAAAAGCGUCGGGAGCUUAUUGAGGUAGUCUCUGAGGUUGAUGAGAUGCUUGCUGAAGCAUUUCUCAAUGAUGACCCUAUAACAUCCACUGAUCUUGAGGAGGCAAUCAGGAGAGCUACCAUUGCGAGAAAAUUUGUACCUGUUUUUAUGGGCAGCGCAUUUAAGAACAAGGGGGUUCAGCCUCUUCUUGACGGUGUCCUCAGUUAUUUGCCUUGUCCUACUGAAGUUAGUAACCAUGCACUUGAUCAAACUAAGGAUGAGGAGAAGGUUACAUUGUCUGGAAAUCCAACUGGACCUUUGGUUGCCUUGGCUUUCAAAUUGGAAGAAGGACGUUUUGGCCAGUUGACGUACUUAAGAAUAUAUGAAGGUAUCUUGCGGAAGGGAGAUUUUAUGGUCAACGUAAACACAGGCAAGAAGAUUAAGAUUCCUCGUUUGGUUCGAAUGCAUGCUAAUGAGAUGGAGGAUAUUCAAGAGGCUCAUGCUGGACAAAUAGUUGCUGUUUUUGGGAUAGAUUGUGCUUCAGGAGAUACAUUUACUGAUGGAUCGGUUCGAUACACCAUGACUUCAAUGAAUGUCCCUGAACCAGUGAUGUCCUUGGCUGUUUCACCGGUUUCCAAAGAUUCUGGAGGCCAGUUUUCAAAAGCACUGAAUCGAUUUCAAAGAGAAGACCCAACCUUUCGUGUUGGAUUAGAUCCAGAGAGUGGCCAGACAAUUAUUUCUGGCAUGGGAGAACUGCAUCUGGACAUUUAUGUUGAGCGCAUAAGAAGAGAAUACAAGGUUGAUGCAACUGUUGGAAAACCUCGUGUCAACUUCAGAGAGACUGUUACUCAGCGAGCUGAAUUUGAUUACUUACAUAAGAAACAAAGUGGAGGACAAGGUCAAUACGGAAGGGUGAUUGGGUUUGUGGAACCACUUCCAGCAGGCUCACCUGCUAAGUUUGAGUUUGAAAACAUGAUGGUUGGGCAAGCUAUACCAUCUGGCUUUAUCCCAGCAAUUGAGAAGGGUUUUAAAGAAGCUGCCAACUCUGGUUCAUUAAUAGGUCAUCCAGUUGAGAAUAUUCGAGUUGUUUUGACGGAUGGUGCAUCUCAUGCUGUGGAUUCAAGUGAACUUGCAUUCAAGUUAGCUUCAAUAUAUGCAUUUAGACAGUGUUAUUCAGCCGCAAGACCUGUCAUUUUAGAACCCAUAAUGCUGGUGGAAUUGAAAGUACCGACAGAAUUUCAGGGCACUGUCACUGGCGAUAUCAACAAGAGGAAAGGCAUGAUUGUGGGGAAUGACCAGGAAAAUGAUGAUUCUGUCAUCACUGCGCAUGUCCCGCUCAACAAUAUGUUUGGGUACUCAACGGCUCUUCGCUCAAUGACCCAGGGUAAAGGUGAAUUUACAAUGGAAUACAUAGAGCACUUACCAGUUGCUCAGGAUGUGCAGACACAAUUGAUUAACACACACAAGGCCGCGAAGGGUACUUCAUAGUUGGAAGCAUUUUCUCCGAUGAUCACACCACUACUCUUUUUAAGUUCCAGUUGAGUUCAAUAUGUUUAUAGGGGCUAGAAGGCCAUACAUUUUUGGAACAGCCAUAAAUUAAUGUUCUUAUAGACACUUGCAUCAACCGAAUGUUCCACCUCAAAUAAUUGUUUUUCCUCACAAUUUACUUCGACCGACCUCCAGAAGGUUUGUACCAUACAUCAUAUAUUAGUUAUAGGCUUGCAUACCAAUAGAUGUCUCAAUAUGUGGCCAUGAAAGUGAAUUUGGAAGUGCAGCAAUUCUUUGUAAACUACUAUUGGAUAAUUUAGGUCUAUUGAUUGCUUCUAGUGAACAAAGCUUGUUUGGUUGGGUUA